AUGGCGCCCACUACAAAGCAGCGGCUGUCAGACAUGCUGGAUGCUGAUCUCAGCAAGGCGGAAGUGCAGGACAUCGCCGAAGAGCAGGGAUCAAGCAAGCCCUCCACCUUUUCCGACUGGAUUCAGGCAGCCUCCAUGGACGACAUGAAAGCCUGCCUGAAGUCCUUGCUCACAGUUGGCAAUGGGCAGGCCCUGGAGCAGAUGAAGAUAGUCCUCGAGGAUGACCGAGCACAUCAAGACUGGGUUCAGAAUCAGGAGAAAGUGUGGAAAGAGUCGGCGGAUACCGACGCUCCGAUGCAAGCUAGCAAGAGUCCGAAGGAGGAGGCUGAACCACUUGGCGAAGAGAGGGCCGUGCAGCACCAGGUGAGAUUCAUUCCCUUGCGCCUCACGGCGGAGGAACGUAGUCUGCUGGGCAUCCUGGAAGGCGCGCUCUACGUCUCCGAGUGCGCCUGCCUGAUCUUCGCGCACCGCGGCCAGACGGGUGGUGCGAAUCUCCGCAAAGGCAAGAGCAUCGAGCAGAUCUAUCAGAAGAAGAGUCAGCUCGAGCACAUCCUGCUCAGACCAGACACCUAUGUCGGCUCCAUUGAGACGCAGCGAGAAAGGCUGUGGGUUUGGGAUGAGGAGAAACAGAAGAUUGUUCAGAAGGAAGUCAACUUUGUGCCCGGCCUCUACAAGAUUUUCGAUGAGCUCCUAGUGAACGCGUGUGACAACUUCCAGCGUGAUCCAGAUCAUAUGACAUACAUCAAGGUCAACAUCAACGAGCAAGAAGGUUGGAUCUCCGUGGAGAACAACGGCGCCACACUGCCAGUGGAGAUUCACAAGGAACACAAGAUGUAUGUUCCUGAAAUGGUGUUUGGGCAUCUACUGACAAGUGACAACUACGACGACGAUGAGAACAAGGUUACUGGCGGCCGAAAUGGCUACGGAGCCAAGCUGACAAACAUCUUCUCCACCAAAUUUGUGAUUGAAUGCGCAGAUGGCAAGCGUGGGCACAAGUACUGUCAGAGCUGGGAGAACAAUAUGGGAGUAAAGGGCAAAGCGAAGAUCACGAAGUACUCGGGUAAGGAUUUCACCAAAGUCACCUUCUACCCAGACCUGAAGCGCUUUGGCAUGAUAAAGCUGGACCAGGACAUCCUGUCUCUGAUGAAGAAGCGCGUCAUGGACGCCGGUGGCUCGACAAGCAAGAAGUGCCGCGUGUUUCUGAAUGACAGCCCAGUCGGGGCGAAGGAGUUCAAGGACUAUGUUGACCUCUACUUUGACAAGGAGCAGCCAAAGGUGUACGACAAAUUUGGCGACCGCUGGGAAUAUGUCAUCACAACGUCUGAAGGGCAGUUCCAGCAGGUGUCCUUUGUGAAUUCCAUCAACACCAUCAAAGGUGGAACGCACGUCUCCCACGUCAGCGAGCAGUUUGUGGAAGCGAUCCUUGAUAAAGUCAACAAGAAGAACCGAGGGGGAAUGGAAGUGAAGCCCUUCCAUGUCCGUUCACAUUUGUGGGUCUUCGUGAAUUGCCUCAUUGUGAACCCCACAUUCGAUUCCCAGACAAAGGAGACCAUGACCCUGAAGCAGGGCAAGUUUGGCUCAAAGUGUGAAGUGACAGACAGAGCCAUCAAACAGCUCAUGAACAUGGGCAUCGUUGAUACCGUCUUGCAGUGGGCCAAAGCCAGAGAAAGCAUCGAUAUGAAGAGGAAGAUGAAGGGCACAGGACGAGCAAAUCGCCUUCUUGGCAUACCGAAGCUGGAAGAUGCCAACCUCGCCGGCACCCGGCACUCGGAGGAGUGCACCUUGAUCCUCACAGAAGGUGACAGUGCCAAGGCGCUGGCUGUUGCUGGGCUCAGCAUCGUUGGGCGAGAUCGCUUUGGGGUGUUCCCUUUGAGAGGAAAGCCGCUCAACGUGCGCGACGCCUCCUUCCAGCAGACCGUGGGCAAUGCUGAAAUUCAGAACAUCAUUCAGAUCCUUGGUCUGGAGCAGCAGAAGGUGUACGACUCCGUCAAGUCGCUGCGCUAUGGAAGCGUGAUGAUCAUGGCUGAUCAGGAUUUCGAUGGCUCCCACAUCAAGGGCCUCUUGAUCAACAUAUUCCAGCAUUGGUGGCCCUCGCUCUUCAAGUUGGACGGCUUCCUGAAGGAAUUCAUCACGCCUAUCGUCAAAGUGUCCAAGGGCCAGCGCGAAGUCCAGUUCUUCAGCGUUGCUGACUACGAAGCUUGGAGAGAGAGAAACAAUGGUGGCAGGGGCUGGACUACGAAGUACUACAAAGGUUUGGGCACCUCCACUGCGAAGGAAGGCAAAGACUACUUCAAAAAUAUCAAAGAGCACAGGAUGGUGUUCAGAUGGUCCAGUCCAAAAGAUGAUGAGCUAGUGGAUUUGGCCUUCAACAAGAAGAGAGCUGAUGACAGAAAGGAAUGGAUCAACUGCUACAAAGAUGGUGACGCUGUUGACCACUCCAAAGACUUUGUCAGCUACUCUGACUUUGUGAACAAGGAAUUGGUGUCCUUUUCAAGAUACGACGUGAUGCGAUCUAUUCCUUGUUUUGUCGACGGCAUGAAGCCGGGACAACGAAAGAUCCUGUAUGCAGCAUUCAAGCGAAACCUCAGGUCUGAUGUCAAAGUUGCUCAAUUUGCUGGAUACAUUGCAGAGCACAGCGCUUAUCAUCACGGUGAAGCGUCUUUGCAGGGCACCGUUGUGGGAAUGGCGCAAAACUUCGUUGGCUCCAACAACAUCAACUUGUUUGUGCCGUCGGGGCAGUUUGGAACCAGACUGCAAGGCGGCAAGGACCACGCGAGCGCGAGGUACAUCUACACCAGAUUGGAGCGCAUCACUCGCACCAUCUUCCAUCCUGACGAUGAUCCACUGUUGGACUUUCAGAAUGAGGAGGGUCAGGUCAUCGAGCCGAAGUGGUACAUCCCUGUAAUUCCGGUGGCGCUUGUGAAUGGAGCUGAUGGAAUUGGCACCGGAUGGUCCACUUCUCUUCCAAACCACAAUCCCAGGGACAUCAUCCACGCGCUGCGGAAGCUCAUCAAGAAGGAGCCAGCGGGCAAAAACAUUUGUCCGUGGUACCGUGGCUUCAAGGGUAGCAUUGUGCCGAACUCGGAUGCCGAGAAAGGUGGCUUCGAGGUUGCUGGCAUAGCCAAGAAAAUUUCCAACAACCAGAUUGAUAUCACCGAGCUUCCAGUCAAAAAGUGGACUCAGGACUACAAGGAGUUCCUCAGCAAGAUGGCUGAGGCAGAGGGAGAUGGCCGUGGGAAGAUCGAUGAUGUCAAAGAGUACCACACGGAUGUUCAUUUUACCUUGACAGCAUCUGUGGAUCAAAUCAAGGCGCUCGAACAGGAAGGCUUGGAGAAGGCUCUGAAGCUUCGCACCAAUAUCUCCACUAGUAACAUGGUGUUCUUUGAUGCGGACGGCAAGAUAAAAAAGUUCUCAGCUGUCAUGGACUUGUUGCAUGACUUUUUCCAGCUCAGACUCAAGUACUAUGUCAAGCGCAAAGACUACCACGUCGACAGGCUUCAAAGAGAAAAGAACCUCAUUGACGCAAAGGUCCGUUUCAUUUUGAUGGUAAUCAAGGGUGAACUUGUCGUCGCAAAACGGAAGCGGGACGAACUCAUCGUGGAGCUGAAAAGCAAGGGGUUCAAGCCUUACAACGAGAUCUUUGGGCGGAAGAGCGAAGAGGACGAUGAGCCUCCCGCCAAGGAAGCCAAGGAGCCAAAGUCGGGCUUUGACUACUUGCUGGGCAUGGCGAUUUGGUCCUUGACCCAUGAGCGAGUUGAGGAUCUGAGGAAGCAGUUGAAGGAGAAGACCACUCAGCUCACGGAUCUCCAGAACACCUCUCCUGAGGCUCUGUGGGAGAGGGAUCUGGACGCCAUUGUCUGCGAGCUGGACCGGAUGGACGAGGAGGAGGAGGAGAUGAAGAAAGAAGAAGGGCGACUGAGGUCUGGGAAGCGCACCCGGAAGCCGAAGGCGGCGGCUCGCAAAAAGAAGGAGGAAGAGGAAGAGGAGGAUGCUCCCAUGGAGCCAGACGAUGAGGAAGAUGAGCAGGAGCCGCCGGCCAAAAAGCCGAAGACGGAAGAGAGCAGCACUGAGCUCUUGGCUCGCCUCAAGGAACGGCAAAAGCUGAGAACUUCGGCUGCGAAAAGCUGA